UGAUGUGGCUAAAAACAACAACAACAAAGCCGGUGUUUGGGAUUGAGGUGAAUUUUUGCAUUGGAACCACCUAGAAGAUAGUGUAGUGCGCGCAUCUACGGCUUUAAGAAAGCCCUCCCAGACCACUUCUAGCCUCCUCACCAUAGAAUAUAAUAUAUACCAGAAGUGGUCCUUCUACACACAUGAACAGAUACAGAAACAGAAACAGGGAUAUAAUUAUAUAAGUUUAGAAGUGGCUAGGGGUCUGGUAACUGGACCUCUAGACCCAGCAUCUCAAUAUACAUGUACUACUAUGUACUGUGUUUCCAAUAUAUAAGAGAUGUAACACGUUUAUGUAAAUGGUCCCCAGCAGAUGAUGUCAAAAGACCUAGACAAUGAAGGAUGCUACCCAGGAAACUGAUCUAUGUGUACUUUGUUGGAACUGUAUUAGCUAUCGUAUGGAUAUAUUUAAAUUUUGCUAGCUGGUGUCAGGAUAAUGGAGAUGAAUAUGAACUUGAAAAAAAGAAGGUGCAGAUCUUUCAACAGAAACAUGAGUCACAGAAAAGUGAGAUUGAUGUGCUCAAAAGACGAGUUGACGAAUUAAAUUCAGAACUCAGGAAAGCUGAAAUAAGACUGUCUCACUUAAAAAGUGAAAGUUCAGGUCUUCCAAAAAUUUAUCUUGUAACACCGACUUAUUCAAGACCUCAGCAGAAGGCGGAAUUAACAAGGUUAUCUCAUACACUGAGGCAUGUUCCUAACAUUCAUUGGAUAAUAGUGGAAGAUUCCGCUGCUAAGACAGUUCUUGUAAGCAGGUUCUUAACCAGCUGUAAAAUUCCAUACACACAUUUGAAUAUUGCCACACCAGGAAAAUUAAAAUUAAAGGAAGAUGAUCCUAACUGGUUAAAACCUCGAGGAGUAUACCAGAGAAAUGCUGCACUGGACUGGAUCCGGAAACAACCAUCCAACACUGGGGUUGUUUACUUUGCUGAUGAUGAUAAUACGUAUGAUUUACAGUUGUUUGAAGAGAUGCGAUUCACAAAGAAGGUAACUGUGUGGCCUGUAGGAUUAGUUGGUUACCUGUGGUACGAGUCCCCUGUUGUCAGACAAGGAAAGGUUAUUGGUUGGUAUACAUUCUGGAAACCAGAACGACCCUUUGCUAUGGACAUGGCUGGUUUUGCUGUGAACUUGAGUUUGUUUAAGGAUCAUCCAACAGCACAGUUCCAUACAAGUGCGGGUAGAGGCAACCUUGAAUCUGACCUUCUCACACAGUUAGAUAUCACGCUCAGUGAUCUCGAACCCAAGGCGGACAAAUGUACUAAGGUGCUGGUUUGGCAUACAAGAACAGAAAAGCCAUCUUUGAAAAACGAAGAAAAAAUGAUGAGAAAAUAUGGUUACAACUCCGAAAACAUUUUAGAAGUGUGAAAUUAAAAUAAGGAAACCGAGUUUCAACUUAGACAACACCAUAGAAGUGUAAUCUUAAAUAAGAUUAUGACUUAAAAAGCACAGUCAUACAUAGUGUGGUCUUGAAAACUGUUACAACUGUGACAAACUCACAAAAGUGUUAUUUUAAAAUAUGAGCCUCACCAUGAGAAAACCAACAUAAUGCAUUUGCGACCAGCAUGGAUCCAGACCAGCCUGCGCAUCCGCGCGGUCUGGUCAAAAUCCAUGCUGUUCGCUAAUGGUUUCUCUAAUUGCAAUUGGCUUUGAAAGGGGAUGCGCAGGCUGGUCUGCACUAUGUUGGUUUUCUUGUGGUGUGGCUCAUAUAUGGUAUAAGUUAGACAACACUACAGAGGUGUGAGAGGUAGGAUAUGAAUCAUUUCAAGGCCUUUGCUUUAUUGUUAGUGCCAACUUAUUAGACUUUAAAUCAUAGAUUAAGAAAGUUAUCACCUUACCAAACCAGAGAAUGCCAAUCUCCGGAGGAUCCACUCAAGAUAUUAUUCUUUGAUUUUUAGCUCAUCUGAUUUUUUGAAAAAAAAUGAUGAGUUAUUGUCAUCACUUGAGCGGUUGUCGGCAUCGGCGUCGGCGUCGACUUGCCUGGUUAAGUUUUAUGUUUAGGUCAGCUUUUCUCCUAAACUAUCAAAGCUAUUGCUUUGAAACUUGGAAUACUUGUUCACCAUCAUAAGCUGACCCUGUAUAACAAGAAACAUAACUCCAUCUUGCUUUUUGCAAGAUUUAUGGCCCCUUUUGUACUUAGAAAAUAUCAGAUUUCUUGGUUAAGUUUUAUGUUUAGGUCAACUUUUCUCCUAAACUAUCAAAGCUAUUGCUUUGAAACUUGGAAUACUUGUUCACCGUCAUAAGCAGACCCUGUACAUCAAGAAACAUAACUCCAUCUUGCUUUUUGCAAGAAUUAUUGCCCCUUUUGGACUUAGAAAAUCAGUUUUCUUGGUUAAGUUUUAUGUUUAGGCCAGCUUUUAUCCUAAACUAUCAAAGCUAUUGCUUUAAAACUUGCAACACUUGUUCACCAUCAUAGGCUGACCCUGUACAGCAAGAAACAUAACUCCAUCCUGCUUUUUGCAAGAUUUAUGGCCCCUUUUGGACUUAGAAAAUAUCAGAUUUCUUGGUUAAGUUUUAUGUUUAGGUAAACUUUUUCUCUUAAACUAUCAAAGCUAUUGCUUUGAAACUUGCAACACUUGUUCACCAUCAUAAGCUGACCCUGUACAGCAAGCAACAUAACUCCAUCCUGCUUUUUGCAAUAAUUAUUGCCCCUUUUGGACUUAGAAAAAUCAUUUUCUUGGUUGAAUAUUAUGUUUAAGUCAACUUUUCUCAUAAACUAUCAAAGCUAUUGCUUUAAAACUUGCAACAGUUUUUCACCAUCAUAAGUGGACACUGUACAUCAAGAAACAUAACUCUAUCCUGCUUUUUGCAAGAAUGAUGGCCCUUUUUAGACUUAGAAAAUCAUGGGUAGGACAAUAUUUCUAUUAUACAAAAAAAAUCAGAUGAGCGUCAGCACCCGCAAGGCGGUGCUCUUGUUUGUUCUAUAUAGUAUUCAAUAUUGAAUAUAAAUAUCAAAAUUACAAGCCAGUAUUGACAUAGGACAUAUAAAAUCUAUAUUUAGAACAUCUCUAGAUUGUAAGACAGAAAAUAGUGACAUCUUAGUUCUAGGGACCAUAUUCUAAAAUAAGUGAUACAUGUUUGAUUUAUUAUGUUAGACACUUUUUGUUUAUAAAAAGACAAAGUUUUUUUAAAAAUGUAAGUGUUUGCGUAGUGUGCAAUACAUACUAUUUUUGUACUUUUCUUUAUUUGAUGUUAAACAAAAAAGCAUUUUACAAUAACAGCGACAUUGUAUUUGUCCUUAAUUAUGUAAAUGAUGAAUAAUGUACGUUUAUAUUUGCCAUUACUGAUGUAAAUGUUGAAUAAUGUACGUUUAUAUUUGCCAUUACUGAUGUAAAUGUUGAAUAAUGUAUGUUUAUAUUUGCCAUUACUGAUGUAAAUGUUGAAUAUUUAAAUUGUUAUACAUGUUAACUGAAGUAAAUUUUAAGUGAA